CUUUCAUUUACGGCUUUUGAUUGGAGUUAAAUUUUACAACUUACUAUUUUUUUAUGUUUGAGUAAUUAUUAUUAAUAGUAGAGCGUCAUUAAAAGAAGGGAGAAAGUAAGAAAAAAUUGAAUAUGGGUCGCUAUAGAAGUCGUAGUCGUGAUAGAGAUAGGAGACGUAGAUCUCGUAGUAGAUCUCGUAGUAGAUCACCAAGAGAUAGAAGAAAUUGGGGUAGCAGUGGAGGCAGAGAUCGAGGUGGUAGAAAUAGCCGUGGGCAACCUGGAGCAAAUUUAAGAAAACCUAGAUGGGAUUUAAGUCGAUUAGAACCUUUUAAAAAAGAUUUUUAUGUACCACAUGAAGCAGUUCAAAACCGUGAUCCACGCAUAGUUGAACAAUACAGAAGUGAAAAAGAAAUUACCCUUAAGGGAAAAAAUAUACCUAAUCCUGUAUUUACAUUUGAAGAAACAGGUUUUCCAGACUAUGUUCUGAAAGAAAUUAAACGACAAGGUUUUACAGAACCUACAUCAAUACAAGCACAGGGUUGGCCAAUUGCUUUAAGUGGAAGAGAUAUGGUAGGAAUUGCAUCAACUGGUUCUGGAAAAACACUGUCUUAUAUACUUCCUGCAAUUGUUCACAUUAAUAGUCAACCUAAAUUAGGUCGAAAAGAUGGACCUAUUGCUUUAGUUUUAGCUCCAACACGAGAGCUUGCACAACAAAUUCAACAAGUUGCUGAUGAUUUUGGUCAUUCCUCUGGCAUUAGAAAUACAUGUUUAUAUGGUGGAGCACCAAAAGGUGCACAAGCUAGAGAUUUAGAUGGUGGUGUAGAGAUUGUUAUAGCUACACCUGGUAGACUGUUAGAUUUUCUUGAAUCAGGACGUACAAAUUUAAAAAGAUGUACCUAUUUAGUAUUAGAUGAAGCAGAUAGAAUGUUAGACAUGGGAUUUGAGCCUCAAAUUAGAAAAAUCAUAGAACAAAUUAGACCAGAUAGACAGACAUUAAUGUGGUCUGCUACAUGGCCUAAAGAAGUAAAAAAUUUAGCUGAAGAUUUUCUAAAAGAUUAUGCUCAAAUCAAUGUUGGAUCUCUACAAUUAGCUGCAAAUCAUAAUAUAUUACAAAUCAUUGAUGUAUGUCAAGAUUAUGAAAAAGAAAAUAAAUUGAGUACUCUUUUAAAAGAAAUAAUGGCAGAAAGUGAAAAUAAAACUAUUGUAUUUAUUGAAACAAAGCGCAGAGUAGAUGAAAUCACAAGAAAAAUGAAGAGGGAUGGGUGGCCAGCUGUUUGUAUACAUGGUGAUAAGACACAACAAGAAAGAGAUUGGGUUUUACAAGAUUUUAGAUCGGGAAAAGCGCCAAUUCUUGUCGCAACAGAUGUUGCUGCUCGUGGACUUGACGUUGAAGACGUCAAGUUUGUCAUCAAUUUUGACUAUCCUUCCUGUUCGGAAGAUUACGUUCAUCGAAUCGGUCGAACAGGACGUCGGCAAAAAACUGGUACAGCCUAUACCUUUUUUACACCUAAUAAUUCGAAUAAGGCUAACGACCUAAUCCAGGUAUUAAAAGAAGCGAAUCAAGUUAUAAAUCCAAAGCUAUUAGAACUUGCCGAUAGUAAAAGUGGUGGAUAUGGCAGGCAUAGAGGUGGAAGAAAUAGAUGGCGAUCUCGAGGUGGUCGAAAUGGAAAAGAUCGUAGCUAUUCAAGAAGUAGAAGUCGAAGUCAUAGUAGAGAAUACAAUGGUCGUGGUAAUCGUCGAAGUUAUAGUCGGAGCUAUUCCCGGAGUCGUAGUCCUGUUAGUAAUCGUGCAGAUUUGUAUGUUUACAGAAGUAAUCGGUAAAAGCUAUUGGAGCAGCGAAAGAUGAUCUUCCAUGAGCAGUUAAUGACCAAUUGCAUAUAAUUAAUGUUUUUUUUUACGUCUCUUUUAAAAUACACACUUAAUACACGUCAUAUAAAUUGUAAUAUUGAUAUUCCACUAAUGUAAACAUGUCAUAUGACGUGUUACGUAUAAUCUUUGUGCAUUACAGAUAGAUUAUAUUAGAAAUAUAAGAUAAGUGUUUCUAAUGAGCGAGUAUACUUCCUUAAAAUAUAAUAGAAUGAUAUGAUCAACUGAUAACACGUAUUAGAAUAUAUUGAUUUUAAAUAAAAUGAAAAAUUAUUUAACCAAAUUAUCGAAAUCAAAAACUCUGAAUAAAAUCAAGAAUAUAAUUUGAUAUUGUAUGAAUAUUUAUAUAUAUAUAUAU